AUGGAUUCCAGUAACCAAAUAGCGGGUUCAACCUUUUCCGUUUGCGAACUUAUUAGGAAGUUCGAAUCAAUCGAACAGACGACAUCCCAGCAAUUGACGAACGACGCUAACGACCUCGGAAUGCGAUCGAGAGGAAACGAUAGUUCUUCUGGUAUCGGAAGAAAAUCCGGAGGAAAUCGGAUGCAACCAGCCAAAGCAAUGCACGGUCGUCGUCAAAUCGUUCCAAAAACGAUGGUGGAUUUGGCAUUAGAUGAUUUCUCGUUUGUGUGUCCGUGUUGCAAUCAAUGUUAUCGGUGUCCGUAUGCCAAAAAUGAACCAAAAGGUAUCACUAUUUCUUUACGCCAGUAA